GCCGACCCCCGGCCGGCCGCGCGCUGGAGGCUGGCGCCCGUGCUCACGCCGUCCGCCCACCACUGGCUGGCCACAGCUCCCCGUGUCGCGCACGGCCCCCCGCGCCCUCCUCUCCAACCCCGUGCUCACAGCUCAUUGGCCUCCCCGCCUGCAGCCAGCGGCCAGCCGUGGCCUCGCGAGUUGGACGCUACUAGUACGGUGCCAAACAGCCGAGCAGAGGGCGAGGGCGAAGUGCAGUGCGGUGCAGUGUGACCCGUCUCGUCUCGGAACAGCCGCGGACCACCACCAGAGUCCAGAGCCGCAGAGCGCAGAGCGUGGCGUCCUUGCGCCCCACCCCACCCUCUCUCUAUCCAUGGCGGUCCCCCGCGGAUGCCUCCUCCGCCUGCUCGCCGUCGCCGUGUUCCUCGCGUUCCUCUGCUGCCGCGGCGAGGCGGCGGUGAGGGAGCUCAAGGUCGGGUACUACGCGGAGACGUGCCCGGAGGCGGAGGACAUCGUCCGCGAGACCAUGGCGCGCGCGCGGGCACGCGAGGCCCGCAGCGUCGCCUCCGUCAUGCGCCUCCAGUUCCACGACUGCUUCGUCAACGGGUGCGACGGCUCCGUGCUGAUGGACGCCACGCCGACGAUGCCCGGCGAGAAGGAGGCGCUGUCCAACAUCGACUCCCUGCGCUCGUUCGAGGUCGUCGACGAGAUCAAGGAGGCGCUGGAGGAGCGCUGCCCCGGCGUCGUCUCCUGCGCCGACAUCGUCAUCAUGGCCGCCCGCGACGCCGUUGUCCUGACCGGUGGGCCCAACUGGGAGGUGCGUCUCGGGCGCGAUGACAGCCUGACGGCGAGCCAGGAGGACUCGGAUAACAUCAUGCCGAGCCCGCGCGCCAACGCGAGCUCUCUCAUCCGCCUCUUCGCGGGGCUCAACCUCAGCGUCACCGACCUCGUCGCGCUCUCGGGCUCGCACUCCAUCGGCGAGGCCCGCUGCUUCUCCAUCGUCUUCCGCCUCUACAACCAGUCCGGAUCCGGCCGCCCGGACCCCCACAUGGACGCCGCCUACCGCCGCGCGCUCGAGGCGCUCUGCCCGAAGGGCGGCAACGAGGAGGUCACGGGAGGCCUGGACGCCACCCCGCGCGUCUUCGACAACCAGUACUUCAAGGACCUCGUCGCGCUCCGCGGCUUCCUCAACUCCGACCAGACGCUCUUCUCUGACAACGCCAGGACUCGCCGCGUCGUCAAGCAGUUCAGCAAGAACCAGGACGCCUUCUUCAGAGCAUUCAUCGAGGGGAUGAUCAAGAUGGGGGAGCUGCAGAACCCCCGGAAAGGGGAGAUACGGCGCAACUGCCGCGUUGCUAACUGCUCGCCGGUGGCGCCCCGAGUCGUCGACAUCUGAGCUCCGGUGAGCGAGGUUGGUGUUUCAGAAGAGAUCGAGCCCUGAUAUUAUAUGGUACUAAUAUGUUGACAUGCGUUGUUUUUUUGGUCGUGUGUAACAGUGUAAGUUUUGCGCCUACCUAUGGUCGUGGUGCCUGAGCUGCGGUCAUUGCUGAUGUGGGAAAUAAUUGAGACAUUGUGCCUAUAAAAUGAUGACGGUAGCUUAGCCAAAAAUUACAUCAUGUGUGUGUUUAGCUUAUUCUGCUGAUCAGUUUGAUUCGAAGUUAGUGGCGCGAUUGCAUACAGUAA